AUGUAUGGUGACAAGUGGUCCUUCGAGGGCGACUUGGCAUUGCUGAAGCUCAAAGCUCCCCUCACCAAUCCAGCGGCAGCUGUCAUCGACGAGGGCGACUUCGACGAGGUGCGCGCCCUGGAUGAGAUCAUCAUGUUCGGCUGUCCUGACGCAUCCGAGCUCCCGUUGCCCACGACCGGUCAUGUUGCAUCCAUGUCGGAACAGCGUGCCGGCAUCGGCUUGAUGCUGUCGCAGGUUUUCGGAAACCCUGGAAGUUCCGGAAGCGCAGUCUUUCGCUACUCUGAGAAGCGGUCGAGAUACGAGGUCAUUGCAAUACAUUCCCUUACAGACUCUCGUGGCAGUCUGACAGAUGUGGGUCGAGGUUGCUUCCUGCGCUUGGCUAUCCAAGCACCCGAAAUUCACAAGUUUCUGAGGUUGCACAAAAUGAGCCAUCUUCUCGGGCUGGAGACUGGCCAAAGCAACGAAAGCCAGGACACAUGCCCUUUCAAGGACAUCCACACGCAACGAGAUUGCAGAAAUAGAGCGGGCCCUUCCUGCAUGGCAGCCCAAGAGCAGGAUGCUGCCUGCCCGAGCGUCUGGUACGCGCGCGUCAAAUGUGGAAUGCUCAUUUUCUGGAUCUUCUUCACAGGAAUAGAUGUAUGGAUGUGGCAUUGGAACCAAUCACCGCUCUGGUUGCUGGCUUGCCUGGUGGUGACGAACGGAUGGGGUUGGCUGGACGCCGUCCUGCGAUAUCCCGUCCUCCAUGACAUCGACAGCCCAUUCACGCUGAAGAAUCUACUCUUGAUUUUGGGAAAGAUCUGUUGGCUCAUCACGGUUUUCCUGCGGCACAAGUCACACCCGGUCUCUUUUGUCUUGUGCUCCAUGCUUGCGAUCGUCGUACCGAUGUUUUACGCGAUGCUGCUGCCACUUGAUGAGACCGAGCAGGUGUACAACCUGAUAAAGUCCAUGUAUACGGACGAGGACAUCCUCGUGCGCUGCUGGCGCUUCUUAAGGAAUCCCCGGCAAACGAUGGAGGCCUGGAACAGGCAGCGCCACAGAAUAAUCAAACGAGGCUGCGAGGAGAUCGCCGAGCGAACCCCGACGGUUGCCGCGAAGCUCGGAGAGCUGAGCCCGACGCGAAGAGCGAUGCUGCGCAAACCCGGGCGCAGCGUGUAA